AAAUAUCAAUACCGAAUUUAGAUUUUGAACAAGUCAAAUCGAUCAAAAUAAGUAAAUCAGCAAAUUUAACUGAAGCUAUACCAACAAGUUCCGAUUGUAAUAUUAUCAAAUUAACUAAUAUAUUUGGAGCAAAUAUUCAUUAUUAUCUAAAAGAAGAACAAAUAUUUUAUAACUAUCAAAAUGGUUUGGAUAUUCUUAUGCAAACAGCAAGACAAAAAAAUAAAUUAUACAUUCCCAAUUUUGUAUACUCUGCAAAACCAAACCGAAAACAAUUAUUACAAUUAGAUAUA